UGUGUAGUUUAAGCUAAAAUGUUCCAUUGUGUACAUUUCUAAAUGUAGCACAUUCAAUAUAUUUCAUGUAGAAUCCUAAUAUUAGUCAGAUCUAGUGAGGACAACGCCUGCUGGGCUGGCAGAGGAAGGGUUUGGGGGUUUCACUGCUGCUGCAAUAUCUUGCUCCCUGUGUGAAGUCGGAACUCGGGGGUGUGAAUGAGCUGAGACCAACGGCUGGUUGGAGAGCUGGUGACAAAUACUAAGGAUUUGCCUCACAAAACACCGACCAACAACUACACAAACACCUUCAACCUUCCAGAGCCUCGUUUAUCCUCGAAAGUAACGGGAUCCUGUACGAUUUCAAGAGACCGGGAAGUGUGGCCAAACAAUGGGCACAGGAAGCGCAUUUUAUCGCCGACUGUUGACGGACAAGACUGAUGUUUUGCAAAGACUGGUGCUGCACGGACCGGGCCGUGGAGGCACAAAGCGAGGAGAAUGGCAGCAGAAGUGAAAGAGACGGCGCGCCACAAAGCAGGGCAAAGCAGGACGCGAGUGUGCAGAGAAGCAGUGCCCUAGAUCUGUGUAACAUCUGAGUUACUUUGUCAUUCAGGCUCCCUUAUGCUGGUCGGCCAGCAGUUCCUUCAGCAGCACCUGGAAAAACAAAGAAACUGCGUCCAGUGGCAGCACAUCUCCGUGCGUAAAUGGAGACGCGUCUGUGCGUAUUCGCCGUUUUUCAUUAUACCUACGAUAAAUGAUGUUUGCUUUGUCACUAACUCAUGUCCUGUCCCAUGACCACGGCGCUAUAGAUGCAUUAAAGACUUCCUCAUAGUUCAUAUCUGCCAUGAGUGAUGGCGAUGCCAGUAGAAUCUGACAGUACCGGUGCGCAGAGCAGCACUCAUGAAAAAAGCUUCAGCGCACCGGAUCGCAAUGGUUAUGUGAAAACAUGUGUCAUCCCACUGAGCAGAGACCGAAGCUACGAGUCGUGGGUGAGGCUAAUAUUCACCAAAAUAUGGAGUUCCCAGAGACUCAGGAGUACAGUGUGUGUGGGGUCGCUUUCGGUUUUUCUCGCUCUGUUGGUCAAAUGUGCAGAGUGGAGAGCUGAGUCCAGCAGCAGCAGCAGCAGCAGCAGCAGCAGCGCACACAACACACUCUCACACUCUCCGUCUCCCCUUCACUUCUUCACAGGCUGCGCCGCGGAGCUGUUGCAAACUUGCUGGAGUGUGGUUUCGCCAUUGUUCACCCUUGUAUGUGCCUUCUUUUGGGUGGGUGUCUACUUAAUCCGGUGCGGGGUCCUGAUCCAGACCGCCCUGUCCCUGCUGACCGUGUGCCACCUGGGUGAGGCAGCAGCCUGGUGUCUCCUGGAUGGGACAGAUGAGCAGCUGCUUUCAGUCACCACAGCGGCCGUGGUCGUGCUCAUCUGCGUGGCCACCGGCGCACUCAUGGUAGCGCGGCUGAACCAGGGCAUAUCUGUGAUCCUUUUCAUCAGCAUAGUCAGGACUAUCUCUCUGUUCUCGCUGCACAAAGUACGGGCCACUUGGAGACCGUACGUAGCCUACCUGGUUGGAGUGCUGGGCAUCCUGCUGGCGAGGUAUGCUGACAAGCUCCUUCCUAACCAAGGGAGACACAAGGAGGGCUGCACCCCCGUGACUGGCGCCAGGGAAGAGAUCCCUGUAUUUAAAAGGCGCAGGAGGUCCAGUUCUGUGAUAGCCUCAGACAUGGCACACAGUCAGUCCAACAGUAAGUCACAUCGCCGGACCUCUCUGCCAUGCAUCCAGAGGGACCAGAUGCUCUCCCGCUCCGACUGGGACCACAAGAGGGGCUCCCGAGGAUCACAGUCCUCAGGUACCACUGUCAUGGUGGACAUAGCAGUGAUGGGAGAAGCUCAUGGACUAAUCACAGACCUGCUGGCAGACCCUUCUCUGCCCCCCAACACCUGCACCUCACUGCGGGCUGUCAGCAACCUGCUAACCACCCAGCUCACCUUCCAGCCACUUCACCGGCCACGCCCUGCACCCCUGCUUACCCCCAGCGACGUCUACACCUGCUCUGACUCUGAGGAAGGGCCUGAGAAGGGAGAAAAGACAUCCAUCCACAAGCGUCUAAGGAGGAGCCUCCACCCGGGUCUUCUGAGGAGGAUCUCUUCCACGUGGACCACCACGACCUCAGCUACAGGUCUGCCCACUAUAGAGCCUGGGCCUGUCAGAAGAGACCGCAGUGCCAGCAUCAAACCUUACCAUGAAACACUCACCUGCAGCUGUGGGAGGCCAUACAUCAGACUCAGCCAUGGGGAGGGCUCUAUAGACAAGGGAGACAGGAUACCACGGUCAGCAGAGGACCCUGUGGUUGUAUCAUCAGACUACGACAGCACCCAUGAAGCCAACCACAGUGACAGCAGCGAUGUAGCACAUACAGAGGAGGACACAGAGGAGGGAAAAAAUACCUCCCAGAAUGUCAUCCUCCACCAAUUAAUACCUCCUGAGGAUAAACCUAUUCUGGCCCCUGAGCCGUUAAUAAUGGAGGAUUUAGAGCCACUCAUGAGUCAGCUAAACAAUUGGAACUUCCCUAUCUUCAAUUUGAUGGAGAAGACCAAUGGGAAAUGUGGACGGAUCCUCAGUCAGGUCUCUUAUAGGCUGUUUGAAGACACUGGCCUGUUUGAGACCUUUAAGAUCCCAGUUAAAGAAUUCAUGAACUACUUCCAUGCCCUUGAGAAUGGUUACAGAGACAUACCAUAUCACAACAGGGUGCACGCUACAGAUGUGCUCCAUGCAGUCUGGUACCUCACCACACAGGCUGUGCCUGGUCUGCCCAGCCUCAUAACUGACCACGGCUCAGCCAGUGACUCAGACUCCGACAGUGGAAUAACACAUAGUCAUAUGGGCUUCCUAGUUUCAAAGACCUACACUGUUUCAGAAGAUGGGUAUGGCUGUCUGUCUGGCCUCAUACCUGCUCUGGAGCUCAUGGCCCUUUAUGUGGCUGCUGCGAUGCACGACUACGACCAUCCAGGGCGGACUAAUGCUUUCCUUGUGGCCACCAGCGCUCCACAGGCAGUGCUUUACAAUGACCGGUCUGUUCUGGAAAACCACCAUGCUGCCUCAGCCUGGAACCUCUUCAUGUCACAGCCAGAGUACAACUUCCUCGUCAAUUUGGACCAUGUGGAGUUCAAACGUUUCCGUUUCCUGGUCAUUGAGGCCAUAUUGGCCACUGAUCUGAAAAAACACUUUGAUUUCCUCGCUGAGUUCAAUGCCAAGGUGGGUGAUGAUCCAUCUACAGGUAUCGACUGGUCCAAUGAGAAUGACAGGCUGCUGGUGUGCCAGAUGUGCAUUAAACUGGCGGACAUCAAUGGGCCUCUGAAGUGCAAAGAACUGCAUCUCCAGUGGACAGAGGGCAUUGUCAACGAGUUUUAUGAACAGGGUGACGAGGAGUCCAGCCUUGGUCUUCCAAUCAGUCCCUUCAUGGACCGAGCGGCGCCGCAGCUCGCCAAACUUCAAGAAUCGUUCAUCACACAUAUCGUGGGGCCACUGUGCAACUCGUAUGACUCGGCCUGUCUCAUGCCUGGACGAUGGGUGGAACCGAACCCUGAGGCGGAGGAGCCUGAGAUAACGGAGAAUGAAGAAGAGGAGGAGGAAGAUACUGCAGAGGAGGACACGUCCACCAGUUCAGAAGCAUCACAGAAAGCAGCACCAAAGAAGAGGAGGAAAGUCUUCUGUCAGAUCACUCAUCAUCUUUUGGAGAACCAUGAGAUGUGGAAGAAGGUGAUCGCAGAAGAGGCACAGAAACAAGGCCAAGCAACGGAGUCUGUUCAUUUAAAUAAUGUAGCUGAGCCAAUUCUGGCCAUUCACGAGGAGGAGGAGGAGCCGGGGAGCAGAGAGGAGCUGGUAGAAGGAGAAGACCCUGAGGAAGGAGUGGAGGAACCAGAGUGGUCAGUGUCUCCACAAGAUGACUCUAAACCCACAGAGGAACUACAAGAGGUGGACCCAGAGUGACACAGCCAGUGGGAUUUAUGGUGCAAGACAGGGCAAAGACAUAAUGAAGUAUUUCUUUUUUUUUUUUUUUUCUUAUCCUUUCAACUGACUCCUGUUUUUGCCAGCACAUCACUUAGACACAACACUGUAGAUGUUUGGGAAAUGUGUGCCUAUUAAGAGGAAAAAAAAAAAAAAAACAGGGUGGGAAAAAUUGUGCUUUACACAUUUUAUCUAAACUUCUGG